AUGUUAGAUAUCACUCUUUUCAUCGCGGAGAAAGGUGGUAAUCCAGCUUUAAUUAAGAAGUCUCAAGAGGCUCGUUAUGCUUCCGUUGAGAUAGUUGACGAAAUCAUUGCUGACUAUAAGGAAUGGGUUAAAACGAGAUUCCAACUAGAUGAAUUAAAUAAGAAAUUAAACAAAGUUCAGAAAGAAAUUGGUUUAAAAUUUAAGAAAAAGGAAGAUCCAUCAGAAUUGUUGAUUGAGAAGGAAAAGUUGACUGAAGAAAAGAAGCAGUUGACUGAACAGGAACAAAAAGAAGAUAACGAUUUGAGAAACAAGGUCAACCAGGUUGGAAAUAUCGUACAUCCCUCUGUUGUUGUGUCCAAUAAUGAGGAUAAUAAUGAAUUGAUACGUGUUUGGAAACCAAAGGGUUUGGAAGAGGUUGGAAGUAAUGCUUCUUGUACUGGAAACCCAGCAAAAUUAUCGCAUCACGAAGUUCUUUUAAGAUUGGAUGGUUACGAUCCAGAUCGGGGUGUUAAAAUUAGUGGUCAUAGAGGCUACUUUUUCAGAAACUACGGUGUUUUCUUGAAUCAAGCCUUAAUCAACUAUGGUUUAUCUUUUUUGGCUUCUAGAGGGUACUGUCCACUACAAGCCCCUGUGAUGAUGAGCAAGGAUGCUAUGUCUAAAACUGCUCAGUUAUCGCAAUUUGACGAAGAAUUGUACAAGGUUCUUGAUGGAGACGAUGAGAAAUAUUUGAUUGCUACAUCUGAACAGCCAAUCUCAGCCUACCAUUCUGGCGAGUGGUUUGAAAAGCCACAGGAACAAUUGCCAGUACGUUAUGUUGGAUAUUCUUCUUGUUUCCGUAGAGAAGCAGGUGCUCAUGGAAAGGAUGCCUGGGGUGUGUUUAGGGUUCAUGCUUUUGAGAAGAUCGAACAGUUUUGCAUAACUGAACCUGAAAACUCUUGGGAAGAGUUUGACAGAAUGAUCGGAGCAUCUGAAGAGUUUUAUCAAUCUUUGGGUGUUCCAUACCGUAUCGUUGGAAUUGUCUCUGGAGAAUUAAAUAACGCAGCCGCUAAGAAAUACGAUCUAGAAGCUUGGUUCCCAUUCCAAAAGGAAUAUAAGGAAUUAGUUUCCUGCUCUAACUGUACUGAUUAUCAAUCUAGAAACUUAGAAAUCAGAUGUGGUAUUAAGAAAAUGGGCGAUAGAGAGAAGAAAUAUGUUCAUUGUUUGAACUCCACUUUAUGUGCAACCCAAAGAGCUUUAUGCUGUAUCUUGGAAAACUAUCAAACUGAAGAAGGUUUGGUUGUUCCCGAGGUAUUGAGAAAGUACAUUCCCGGUGAACCAUCUUUUAUUCCAUUCACCAAGGAGUUGCCAAAAAAUUCUACAUCUAACAAAAGGAAAAACUAG